GAGCUCCAGCGAUUCCAAAAUGAACAGCUUGAUCAGAAGAAAGCUCGUCGAAAAUGGAUACAGAUUGAAAGUUCCACACAAGGGUUUCUGUACUGGUGCAGCUGCUAGAGUUUCCAGCUCCAAUGGUGCCCCACCAAGCAAUGAUCAUGUGGGGCAGCAGAAAUCUUCAGAUAGAGGCGAACCGUAUGACGUUGCUAUUGUUGGAGGUGGCAUGGUUGGGAUGGCCUUCGCUUGUUCUUUGGCAAGAAUGCCGAUGACAAAGCACUUGAAAGUUGCCAUCAUUGAUAGCAAUCCUGCAUUAUCUAGCGGACUCUCAAUCAAGAAAGAAGACCCCCCUGAUGCAAGGGUCAGUACAGUAACACCUGCAACUAUAUCUCUCUUCAAAGAUAUUGGCGCUUGGAAAUAUGUUGAACAGCAUCGACAUGCAUAUUUUGAUCAAAUGCAGGUUUGGGACUAUACUGGCUUAGGAUAUACGAGAUACGAUGCAAGAGAUGUACAUAAAGAAUAUCUGGGGUGUGUAGUGGAGAAUAAAGUGCUGCAGAGUUCUCUUUUGUCAUGCAUGCAGGAUACAGAUUUCCAGAAGACUAUUUACCCUUCCAUAUUGUCCUCAAUGGCUUUAAAUCCAAGCAUUCUAUCUAUGGGGGUGAAAAGCACAUCAUCUGGGUUGAAUGAGCGAGGAAAUUUAGCAAAACUGGAUCUAAGUGAUGGCAAUAGUCUAUAUGCAAAGUUGGUGGUUGGAGCUGAUGGGUCCAAGUCACGUGUUAGGGAGUUAGCAGGAUUCAAAACGACUGGUUGGAAAUACUCACAGAAUGCAAUCAUUUGCACUGUAGAGCAUACUGCAGAAAAUCGAAGUGCAUGGCAAAGAUUCCUACCUACCGGACCAAUUGCACUUUUGCCCAUUGGUGAUAAUUUCAGUAACAUUGUUUGGACUAUGAACCCACAAGAAGCAACUGACCGUAAAUUAAUGGUCGAGGAUGAUUUUGUGAAAAACGUAAAUUAUGCUCUUGAUUAUGGAUUUGGCCCUCAUCCUAAGUCGAGCAACUUUGGAAGUGGAGGAAUAUUUUCUUGGUUUAAGACAGACACAACUAUUUCUGCUAAUGAGUGCUUCAAAGUUCCACUGAAAGUGGUGAAGUUGGCAUCUGAAAGAAUGGUGUUUCCCUUGUCUUUGAUGCAUGCCAAUAACUAUGCGUCAAAGCAUGUGGUUCUAAUUGGCGAUGCAGCACACACUGUUCACCCUUUGGCUGGGCAAGGAGUUAAUCUGGGUUUUGGUGAUGCAUUUGCUCUUUCAAGAAUAAUUUCUGAGGGCAUUGCAGUGGGAACAGAUAUUGCUGAGGUCAAUUUGUUAAAGAGAUAUGAAGCAGAGAGGAAAACGGCUAAUGUUACAAUGAUGGCAAUCCUAGAUGGUUUCCAAAGGGCUUACUCAGUUGAUUUUGGACCUUUAAAUGUUCUACGUGCUGCUGCAUUCCACGGAGCACAGUACAUUCCACCUCUUAAAAGGAGUAUAAUCUCAUAUGCAUCAGGGGACCAGAGAUUGCCAAUAUUCUCUUGAGACUACUGUAAAUAUUUUGAGGUAUUUUCCUUAUCUCAUCUUGUAAAAGAACAACUGACCUGUUUUAGUUUUUUCAGAACAAAAGAAAAACUGACCUGUUUUGGCAUUGAAAAUAAACAAUAAGUUUCACCGACUUGUUUUAAUUCCA